UCAUUAACAUCAGAGGUCCGUAAUCAUUCAAGCAUCGCGUUUCGUAACUGGCCCAACAAUACCUUUCCCGCUGGCCACUCUCAUCCAUUCGCUUCGCAGGACACUCGAUGCAUAUUUACCUGCACUGCACCUGACGCGACUACCCAUUUAGCUUUAAUAAAAGCCACGUGAAAAGUGCCAAUACAAAGAGUCCUAUAAAUUCCUAGAAAAACCAUAACUAUCGUAUUUCUAAGCAAUCAUUGGUCGGCUCAGACACGGACCUGUGAUUUAUUUUGUGUAAAUGAGCUUUUGUUGGCCGUAAAUCAACAAAAUGAUCGACGAACAGCAUCCAAUGCAGAUUGGCCUGUUUCCAAUGGACAUCAAAUGUCAACAGCAACAGCAACAGCAGCAGCAGCAGCAACACAACCAUCACCAACAGCAGCAACAUUUAUCGGGAGCUGGACACACGCAGCACCCGGCCGCAGCAGGCAUUGCAAUGGGGCACAGUCAACUGCUGUUGCACGGAAAUGAGCGCAUGUUAACAACACCAGCAACAGCAACAACAACAAUAGCAACAGCAGCAGCAGCAGCAUCGGCUGCAACAACAGCAACAACUGCGACCUGUCAGCCGGCAGGCAGCAAGACAGCAGCAGGAGGAGCCACCAGCUCCCACAAUGACAAAAUGGCGUCAGCUAGCCGAAAUGUCAACGGAAGUUGUAUCAACCACAGUAGCAGCAUGUCCACCGCACACCAACAACAGCAACAGCAACAGCAACAGCAACAGCAACAUCAGGCUCUGCCGUUGACAAUGAGUAGACAGGGUCCCGGGCCGGGUCCACCCAUGCAGCUGAGCAACCGCAUCACCUUGGGCGAGUGCAGUCUCAAUGACUUGGAUGGCUUUUCAGCAGCACCACCGGCGCCGCCGACAUCAUCAAUCGCACCACACACACCACAAGCGCCUCAAAUACUGCAGCAGCACACGGUGAUGGGCAUGGCCAUGUCCGGAGAUGGGGGCAUGGGCAUGGGCAUGGCCAUUAGCAUGGGUCCAGGACUCAACCAAUGCACCUACUGCUGCCAGCCAAUUUGUGAUCGUUACAUCAUGCGCGUGGUGGACAACUCGUUUCACGAGGGCUGCCUCAAGUGCUCCGCCUGUUCGCUGCAUCUGGUGCACUCGUGCUAUGCGAGGGACGGCAAGCUGUAUUGCCGCAUUGACUACGAAAGACUCUACUUACGUAAUCGUUGCCUUGGCUGCGGCCAUAAAAUUGCCGCCGAUGAGCUUGUGAUGCGCUCGCAGGAGAAUAUCUUCCAUCUGAAGUGCUUCGCCUGCGUCGUAUGCGGUGCAGUGCUGAAGAAGGGCGAGCAGUAUGUGGUGAAACAGGGACAGCUAUUCUGCCGCUUUGACUACGAGAAGGAGGUGGAGAUGCUGCAGGGCUAUGAUUAUUAUGGCGAUGACCUGUUUCCACCUAAGAUGGACGGUCGUCGAGGUCCGAAGCGACCGCGUACCAUACUCAAUACACAGCAGCGGCGCGCCUUCAAGGCAUCCUUUGAAGUGUCGCCCAAGCCGUGCCGCAAAGUUAGAGAGAACCUGGCCAAGGAUACGGGCUUAAGUCUGCGAAUUGUACAGGUCUGGUUUCAAAAUCAACGCGCCAAAGUUAAGAAAAUACAGAAAAAGGCCAAGCAGGAGCCGCCCGCGAAGGGUGUCAGCGACUCGCACUCGCAGGACUCGCAGGAGUCGCAUGACAGCAGUCUGACAGCCAAAAUCAAGGACGAAGCGCAAAGUGAUAGCGAGUCGCAACAAGAGUCGCCAUUCUCCACAACCUCGGACGGACUGACAAGGCUGCGCUGCAACAUCAAGGACGAACAGGAGCAGGGCACUCUAAGCUGCAUGGAGACCAACAAGGAGAACUGCAACAAGAACAGCGAACCGAUACUGAACACCAUACUUGGCCUGAGCUACGCCACCUUUCAGCAGCUGAUGGGUCCUUUCACACAGACGCCAAUGAUCAAUCCGAUUGAUCGGCUCUACAGCAUGCAGAGCUCCUAUUUCCGGCCCGACGAGCUGGGUGCCUACGGAGAAUGCGGUGGAGGUGGCGGCGGCGGAGGGGGCGGCGCCAAGGAGCCCAUGGAUCACUAAUCUCGCCUGCAAAUGAAAACGUUUUAAGCCAAAAUCAAAAUUAGUACUUGUAAAAUAAACAAAAUGUUAAUGUGCCAGAAACUCGAUUUAGAUAGCGUGGCGAAGCCGUUCCCGAAAUGCAGCAGCACGUGCAGCACCCUGCAUCCAGCAUCCAGCAGCCAGCAUCACCGGUCCAACUCGAUGCAACCACCCAGCGCAAGGUUGCCAGAUUUCGGGUUGUCCUGCAGGUGCAGCCUCGACAUUCGUUCCACUCAGUUGACAAGAACAAAGCGCUUAACACAACAGCAGCCACAGCCACAGCCACCCCGAGCUGGGCAUAUUGCCCGAAAUGGGCGUAAAAUACCGAUUCGUCAUGCAUUGUUCGCCCGAGCCCUCGAUGCGCGCCCGACCCUGUUGUCAGCGCCGAGCUGUCAGUGUCGCUGUCGCUAACUUAAACCGACCCCCAUCGGCAGGCAGUUCACCCGAUGGCUGACAUCGGGGGCGGCUAUGCUAUCCGUGGCACGCAGAGGCCACAGCUAUCUAUUGGCAUGCGAAGUGUCCAAGGGGGCGGAGCCAGAGCGGCGCAGAGACCAUCGAACAGUGCACUUAGGAUCAAUGAUAUUGAAUGAAAAAUGAAAAGCUUUUAUUUUUGUAAAUGAAUGAAAAUUGUAGAUUAUAGCUAGAGCAUAGAUAGUUCUUGAAUUAAUACAAAGUUGAAUUGGGUUUAGUACUCAUAGAAUAGUAUGUUAUAUAAGAUUAACCUAUUCAAGCCUUUAGUUAGUAUUCACAGUUCUAUACAGAAUAAUUAUGCUAAUGUAAAGGGAUUAUGGAAAAAGGUUUAUCUACGCAGACCUGAUCGAGAACUCUUAAGCAGCGGUACACGUGUUUACACAGUCAAAUGUGUGCCCCAUCCUGUGCCCCACUCCACUCCACUCGCCCAGCAUCCGCAUGCAAUUUGUCACAAUAUGUGUCACAUUAGCCACAGCAAUUGUGCUUAAAUGCUGUCGUCGUUCUAUGCCCUUACUCGGUCGUCGCGUCGUCAUUUGUGCCGCUAACCAGAUUAUACCCCAAUUGCGACACCGCGGCUCGGAGCAGGGAGAGGCAGGCUGAUGCUGCAAGAGUAGUUAAACAAAGGGAAAGGCCGCACCACCAACAACUCCAGCUCAUGGCCAGAGCAUUAACCACCGUUGAAUCUUCAGAGCAGCAAUGCAGCCCUCUACACGCACACACACACACACAUACACACAUAGGUAAUUUCUUUUACACGCUUUUAAAACGCACAUCAGCGAGAAGUGAAACUUCUCCUCAGGCGAGCCCACAUCGUUAAUCAAAUGCUGAAAGGAGCAGCGAGCAGCAAAACAAGUGCAUGAACCACUGUGCAGUCGCAGAGAGCAGAGUGAAAAAAGAAUGGCAAAGGGACGCCAAUGCAAAUGACUGGCAAAUGUGUCUUGGGCAUUAAGUCCUUCUGCCCAUGUCCUGUCACUGAACUCACUUGUAUUCCACUAUAAAUAAUCGAGUGGCAUUUGCACAUGCUGCGAAAGAGUUGACCGCGUCGUUUCGAGCAUCUUGUCGCGCUUUCAAAUGGACAAAUUACGUAAUUAAUUACCGCCAUAUCGAGGAGCAACGGACGCAUUUUAAUGGUCCUUCAGCCACUGUCUGGCCACAGAGCAAAGUGAAAAGGGCAUUGCAUAUGUAAAUAUCACAAAAAGGUAAAUUGUGUAAACAACUACGAGACACGAAACGCAA